AUGGAUCCAAUUCAAGAAGCGGUUGAAUAUUCAAAUUCGCGUGAACCUGGAGAUAAUUUCUCGUACCGCAAAGUUGCUAAAAAGUUUAGAUUCAAUCGAACAACGCUAUCACGAAGACACAGAGGUGCACAGCGAUCGCGACGCGACCAGGCGCGCCAUCAGCUCUCCCUCAACCCACAACAAGAUGAUAAACUAUUAGGAUAUAUAGAAAGAUGCACAAGGGACGGCUUACCACCUACACGAAGCGUUUUAAAAAAUUUCAGCAGCGCGGUUGCGCAGCAAGAGGUCUCCAAUAGCUAG